AAAUUGAAUUGAUGGCUUGGUUAGUUCAUAUAAACGGACAGGAAAAAAGCUCAAAACUUGAUCAGUUUGAGCUUUUCAGUGGCUGCGAUCCUCUGCUUCUGAACCAUGCAGAUCGUCUUUUGCAGCUCUCUCUGUAUCUUCCUUACCCUUCUCAGCCACAGGGUAUCAUCAGAAGGACAUGCUAGCAUUCCACCCAGAGGUUGGAACUCCUAUGAUUCUUUUUGCUGGACGAUUUCUGAACAAGAGUACUUGCAAAGUGCUGAAAUCAUAUCUAACCGGCUUCAUCCUCAUGGAUAUGAGUAUGCUGUGGUGGACUACCUUUGGUAUAGAAGAAAGGUUCCGGGUGCUUAUCCCGAUUCUCUUGGAUUCGAUGUAAUUGAUGAAUGGGGGAGAAUGAUCCCUGAUCCAGAUAGGUGGCCUUCCUCCAAAGAUGGAAAAGGGUUCACUGAAAUAGCAAAUAAAGUACAUAGCCUGGGUUUGAAGUUUGGUAUUCAUGUUAUGAGAGGAAUUAGUACACAGGCAGUGAAUGCUAAUACCCCUAUCUUGGAUAUCACCACGGGAGCUGCUUAUGAAGAGUCUGGAAGACAGUGGACUGCAAAAGAUAUAGGGAUUAAGGAAAGGGCUUGUGCAUGGAUGCAAAAUGGUUUCAUGAGUGUGAACACCAAGUUAGGGGCUGGAAGGGCCUUUCUAAAGUCACUCUAUGUGCAGUAUGCCGAGUGGGGAGUUGAUUUUGUGAAACAUGACUGUGUGUUUGGUGAUGACUUGGAUUUGGAUGAAAUAACCUUUGUUUCAGAGGUUCUGAAGGAACUUGACCGCCCCAUUUUAUAUUCUCUUUCUCCUGGAACCGGUGUUACACCUGCCAUGGCUAAGAAGGUCAAUGGACUAGUCAACAUGUACCGUAUAACUGGUGACGAUUGGGAUACAUGGGGUGACGUUGUAUCCCAUUUUGAUAUUACCAGGGAUUUUUCUACCGCCAAUAUGGUGGGAGCAACAGGAUUGAUGGGGAAAUCAUGGCCUGACUUAGAUAUGUUACCGUUGGGAUGGCUUACCGAUCAAGGUUCCAAUGAAGGUCCCCACAGAAACUGUAACCUUACUUUAGAUGAGCAAAAAACUCAGACAACGUUGUGGUCUAUGGCCAAGUCUCCUCUUAUGUUUGGAGGAGAUGUGAGAAACAUUGAUGAUGCUACUUACGGUCUCAUCACUAAUCCUACACUGCUGGAGAUAAAUUCUUUUAGCUCAAACAAUUUGGAGUUUCCUUACAUAACGAGUGCAAACAGUUUCAAGAAGGAAGACCAGCUUUCUACCUUGCAAUCAGGGAGACAUUUGACAGAUGGAAGACCUCCACAAACGCCUUCUCUGAGUCUCACUAGCUGUGCGGAUGUGAGAGCAAUUGGUUGGUCUGUUGAAGCUCUUGAUCAAGAUCCUAAACAGAUCUGCUGGAGGGAAAAAUUAAGCAACAAACAUCAGGCACCUUUUUGCCUAUACAAGAGAGAAUCUCAUGUGGCAUCAGAUGAAGAUAUAGGUUACCAACAGCAAUACCAAGGGAAGUUUCAUUUAUUAGCAACUGGUAGAAGUGAGUUUUGCUUGCAUGCUUCUCCCAAGAGAAAGAUCACUUCCAAAGAGCAAAGUAGAGGUUCAUUUUCUCCUUGUCGACGGGAUGCUAACCAGCUAUGGGAAUUUAAUCCUAAUGGAACCCUGGCAAACAGUUAUUCCAGCCAAUGCGCAACAAUGAAUUCUCUUAAAGCUAAGAAUGUCAUUUCCACUGGUGUUCGAUCUUGGAUUGCGACCGGAAGAAAAGGAGAAAUAUAUCUAGCUUUCUUCAACCUCAACGCAGAGAAGACAGUAAUAUCAGCAAGUAUAUCUGACUUGGCCAAGGCACUUCCUGGUAAAAAUUUAAAUGGAGCUUCUUGCAAGGCCAAUGAAAUAUGGAGUGGAAAAGACUUUGGGAUAAUAAGCCAGUCAAUAUCAACACCGGUAGAAAUACAUGGUGCUGCACUAUUUGUCCUCAACUGUGUUGCUGCAUGAAAAAAUAAUAAUAAUAAUAAUAUAAUAUUACUUAAUAAGAAAUUAAAUUAUAUCCUUUUAAUUUUGUUUCUCUUGUCCCUCAUCCAUUUAUUCCUCUUCAAUGAAGAAGAAGAUAAAAGGUUAACAGGGUCUAAAUUUGUUUAUAUAUACUUAUAGAUUUCAAGAAGAAAAAGACAGAAAAUAUCAGAAGGCUGUUGUAGGCAAUAUGACAAUAUAUUCGUGCUUGUUUUAAACGGCACGGCGUUCUUUUUUGGUGUU